UCAGACUAGUCAGUUGCUUUGUAAGACAUUCAAAAAUUGUAUGAUUUAAUAUUCGAUUGGAGAAUGCUGGCGCAUAGACAUGCGGCGCUAACUCCGCGACUGCAGGGUGCCAGCAAUUACAAGGAAUGGCGUCAGAAGAUUGAGCUGCAGCUGCGCAUCCGACACUGGUGGUCCGCAGUGCUGUCGACGCCUAAGCCGGUGGAGCAGAGCUUCGAAAAUGUUGGCGCAGUUUUAUUUGUGGCCUCGCCCAAGCGCAUUUAUUUGCAAACAUCGCCAACUAUGGAUCGCAAGGUGAGGCGCUUUCUGUGUCAUUACAUAAAUCCAGAUAUACUGCCCGAUAAAUUCUUUGAGAAGAGUGUGCCCGCAAUUUGGUUUGAAUUGCGCUGCAAGUAUUCGAAUCGCAAAUGCAAAAGAUUGAAGCAAGCAGCGGCUAAAAUAUAAAUUGAAGGCACAAGUUAUUACACGAAGGACACUGAGUGAGGGUGCAGCUAGUUCGGCAGCUAUAACUGAUUUUAAAUUGUUCUUAUGUUUGAGUUGAGUUGAGUUUCGUUUUAUGUAAAGUUUGUCAAUAGAAAUUCAUG